GGGUCUUCGCCGAGGCUGAAGGGGCCCCAUGAAGGAAGGUGCGUGUCCGCGAAGGAGGGGAGCUGGUUGAAAAUGGGCGAGGGGACGCGCCGGUGGGUCCUGCUCUCCGCUCUUUCAAGGAGCCUAGACCUGAGGUGAUGGUGAUGGGCGCCCAUAGGGGGCGUGGCUUGCGCUGCCCCCUCCCAACCGUCACUCUGUGGGGAAAAUAAAUGGCGCAUGCGCGGUAGCCACCAAGCAUCCCCCAGCCCACGAGGUGCCUGAGGCCAUGGUGAUGGGCAGGGAGGAGGAAAAAUGGGUCAGCGAAGGUGAGGAGCUGUUGUCGAGGGGUCUCUUUCUCUCUCUGCCUGGAGCCUCCUUUUCCCCCUUCUCUUCCGACCUAAGAUAGACUUGAGGUGAUGGGGAGGCUCUCCCAAUAUUCAUUGGGCAGGGUUGGUGGGAUCAGGUUGUGAGUGUACUAAAUAGAGAAGCGUGUCUGCUCCACGUGGGUUAACCCUGAAAUUGCUAGGCAUGCGUGUCGUUGUAAUACAGUAUAUUUCUCCUACUGACUGUAGCCAUUGCACGUGUUUUGUUUUUGCAACAGGACUAACUUAAAUAAAAAGAUUAAAAACUGCAAGCCCACCCAGUUUCAUUAAGCUUCAAUAGCGCUGAAGUGUUAUUUGACAACAGCCCGUUUAAAGUGCAAGUGUUCAUUCAAAUGCCGUUUGUAAAAAGGAAACUCUUCCCAGUCUUGAAGGAAGUCAGACCCAUGGAAGCUCUCUUCUGCUUGCCUUCUUUCUUAUGAUCAGCCCAGGCCUGCCUGCCAGUUUCCUCUUCCUCCUUAGUUGCCCCUUGUAGAACACGGCUGUGGGGAGGAGGAUGGGAACAAAAGUGGAAUUAAUGUCUCUGCCUGUCUUUGGCUCUGACUCACCUACCCUUUCAUCUGCCCUACCAGCCGCCACAAGGUCACUUGACCAAACCAGUUUCUGUGUGACUGGGAAAGAGUUUUGUAACACUACUAUCACACCAGAAAAAAAAUGUUUUCCCUCACAGCUGCCAAAAAUAACCACAGUUUUAAAAUGCUGUUUUCUAAUUUCAGCCUCUCGCACGUGUAAAUCUCUCAGGAGGGUUGGAUUUCUUGAAGUAUUACAAUAUAGACAUAUAUGAAAUUUGAUAAAAGUAGAAGUUAAGGCCUGUAUUUUCUGCUGAUGUUUCAUUUUUUUAAAAACUGCAGUUUUUUGGUCUUACGAGUCUCAGUGUUGUUUUGAACAUUGUCUUUUAUUUUAAACGAAAUGUGUAUUUAAUGAUCCAUUGUUUAGGAGCUGUAUCAAGAGGGUUUCCCUUUAAAAGGUGGCUUUAUACUUAUUUUAAAUAAAUGGAUCCCAAGUAAAAGUCUCCAUUCAUUGAGGAAGAAUGAUGUCUCCAAGGGUAGUGGUGACUCCCCCUUUCAGCAGAGUCUGCAAGAGCCCUCUUGUCUCUUAAAAAGGCAAGUAAAUUGAUCGUGGCCUCAGUUUUUCUUACCUAGACCCCUUUUGUACAGAGUUAUAUGUAUCUUUCCCCACCACUUCCUUUUUUUCUCUUAGCUCAGCACAGUGAAAGAAAAGGAGACCAGGGUAGAAUCUACACACAUAUAAAAAUGCUGUGAAACUACUUUUUUUAAAAAAAAAGUUUUGAAAAAUACAUUGAAUUUUGCAUAGCUCACUAUCGCCAUCUAGUGUCACAUUUGUAUAUUGUACUUUACAACACAUUUAAAAUGUUUUAUUUGCAGCUAUGUAGCUGAGUCCCAGGAAACUACAUGCCUUUUAUGCUCAGGGUACAUCUCCUAAAGGCAGCCAGAACCCUCAGCAGAAGUGAAAAAACCUUCUUGCUGUCAGCACAGACAGCUCAUACCUGUGCUGGCCACAGUUUCCAAAAGAUCGUUGCCUUCUGCAGGUGCUCCUGGUUGUGGAGCAGCAGCACCUCAUCUCCGGCUGGCUGGUGGUACCAGCCGUGCAUUGCCCGUGGCUUUCUCUUCCCAUCACCACUACCCGUUUGGCCCUCAAAGUCCCUGUGCACAGUCUCCGAGAUGGCAGAGCAGCGCUACUGCGUGGACUACGCCAAGCGAGGCACAGCGGGCUGCAAGAAGUGCAAGGAGAAGAUCCUCAAGGGGAUGGUGCGCAUCGGGAAGGUGGUGCCCAACCCAUUCACAGAGUCCGGCGGGGACAUGAAGGAGUGGUACCACGUCAAGUGCAUUUUUGAGAAGCUGGAGAGGGCCCGGGCGACGACAAAGAAGAUUGAGGACAUCACGGACUUGGAGGGCUGGGAGGAGCUGCAGGACAGUGAGAAGGAGCUGAUAAACCAGCACAUCUCGGGUAAGCGGUGGUGGUAAGAGCAGUUAUAUAGGGUGGCCCAGUAUUCAGAGCCUUGGCUACUUAAAGUUAGCCACUUUCAUUCAUAUUAUUAGUACUAGUGUUACAAAUUAUUUGUUUUAUUUUAUUUAUUUUGAUAAUCAUUUUUAUUAGUUUUCAAUUACAAUCCAAUAAUGGCCUUAUCAUAGCAACACCAAUUUUUGACACAAUUAAUAAUACCAAUCGUUGAAAUACCGAAUUAUAUAAUUUAGAUAAGGUGGUCCCCCACAUGCUAGAAUUGAUGGCUUGAUUAUUUGCUUUAUUUCUACGUUCCAAAAUCUUAUUAAUUUCCAUUACAUUCCAGGCAUCAUAAUAAUCCCUUAUACAACAACUGCUAUAUUUAUAACUUCUGUUUGUGUUGACACAUUAAAUGAUUUAUAAAACUACAAGUGAGGAACUCAGACUAUAUCCUUGUUCUUCCUUUGUGUGGCAAUCAUUCUGUACCUGAUGUUUCUUCCUUUCCUUGUAUUUAUUUUAUGUUUUUAUGGCAUUGAUAUCCCACCUUUCCAUGGAACUCAAAGUGGCGCACAGGGUUCUCCUCCUCCUCUCUUCUAAUCCCCACAAUAACCUGCCACUCAUCUUCUAUUACUUUGCCAAUAGGAUCCUGCCCAUAGUUAACCGAUUUGUCACAAGUUGCCUGUGUUACGUUUGGCUUUUGAGUUGAGGCCCAGAUACAUGACAAAUCACUUUUGCUAGUAGCUUCUCAAAUUUUUUUAAAGGGGGGGGCAGGUUUCUCUGAACAUGUAUUACUCAAGACCUGUAGAGGUGUAGAAUAAAUUCUGUGGCUCCAGAGGCCUUUAACCUUUGACCCCUCAUGUCUUCACAGAUCUUACUUCCAAAGCUGCAAACACGCCGAAGAAAAAGGCCACCAUCCAGGCGAAGAUUUCUGCCAGUGGUCAAAUCACCUCCCCCAAGAAAAUGCUGGCAGCUUCUUCUGAUCCAUCACCAAAGAAAUUUUCAGGGUUUACAGGUGCAUAAGAGAUGGACGGGCCUCUUUCUUUUGGUUGUAAUUCAUUGGUGGCUUUUCCAGCUCAGAGUCUUAGCUUUGGUUUUGUGGGGGAAUCUGCAGGUGCUCUUGGAUGUGGCCAAUCCAUGUCCAAUGAUCUGGGUUUUAACAUUUAGGCCAUCUGCUGAUAGUCUUCGUUAACUGAUGAUUUGGCAAGAGUCUUAAGGAUGCAGGAAGAGCCCUGCUGGAUUAAGCCAAAGGGUCCAUCUGUUUCUGUAUCUUGCACCUCACAGUGCAAAGCACAAAAGGCUACAGCCCUCCCUUGCAAUUGCAUCACAGGACCUUGUAUUCAGAGGUAGACUGCCUCUGAACAUGAAGGUUCCAUUUAGCUAUUGUAGCCAAUAUGUUGGUAGACUCAUCCUCCUCCUCCAUCAUCUCUAUGAAUUUGUCUAACUCUGCCUUGUAAGUAAGCCCACAAAAGUAUACCAGUCUGCUGGAGGGGGUGGGGCUUACAGGUCUCUCCUCCAUUGGUCUGCUACAUUUCUUACCUGGGUGCAGAGGAAGGGCCUUUUUUCUCUGGCAGCCCACCUGUUCUGCACUGGCAAUGGAGGAAGGAUGGAACACACCGUCCCUUCCUCCAGCCAGCUUGCUUGCCUACAAAGAAUUCCUUGUCGCCUAUGGCAAGUGGGUGAGUGGUUUGGGCUGGUCUAAUCCCUUUUCUAAAUCUAGCUAAGCCAGCUGGCAUCACCACAUCUCGUCACAAGGGAAUUCCAUGUGUUAAGCGUGCUGAGUGAAUAAGUCAUUUUCUAACAUCUGUUCUGAAUCUGUUGCCCAUCAGCUUCACUCCUAAGGUAUGAAAGAAAGAAAAAUGUACCUCUGUUCACAUUCUCUACAGACAGGGAUGGGGAAACCUCUGCCCUGCCAUCUUGUUUUGACCUGCUGGGCUUCCCCAUUUGGCCUAUGAAGCUGUUUUGGCCGAGCCUUGCCCAUCUUGCAACUCACAUUAUCUCUGACCAUUGUGGCUGGAGCUGAUGGGUGUUGUCAUCCAACAAGAUCUGGAGGGCUGCAGGCUAGCCACCUCUGUGAUACACUCUCCUGGAAGUGAUCCCUGUUGAGCAUGACUUCCUUCCAAUCACCCAGGCCUAGGAUCAGGCUGGCUGAUUUGAAAUUCCAAAUCAUUUGCUGAUGGUGAUCUGCAGCAGACAUCCUGGUAAAACACAGGUAGCCAACGUGGUGCCCUCCAGAUGUUGCUGGACUACAUCCCUGAAUUGAUGGGCAAGCUGGCUGGGGCUGAGGGGAGCUGGAGCCUUCUUCAUCUUCAGUUUUAAUCCAGAAACAACAAAUCUGAGAAACGCUGCCUUGGAUCUACUCAGGUGCUGUUACCUGCACCUGGUCCUCAGGAUAGAAUGGGCCAGAAGUGCAAAUAAAUGUUUUGGGGUGUGUGUGAAAUCGCAGGUCAUGCCAGUCAGCGGUAUCUUUCCCUGAAGGUCUCCUUUUUCUGCACAGCUAAGCCGGGCAGCUCUGAUGAGGUGGCCUCUGCAUCUCCCCGCAAGCCCAGCUUGUCCACGGAGAAGAGUGACCCAAAGCACAAGGACUGUUUGCUGCGGGAAUUCAGGAAGCUUUGUGCUAUGGUAGCCGACAAACCUAGCUACAACGUCAAGACCCAGAUCAUCCAGGACUUCCUGCAGAAGGGAACCAGCGGAGGUACAAUUCCUUCUCCCUUUCUCUUUUUUUAAAAAUUGGGAGCGUUUGUGUUGAUGUAGAGGGCAGGCUUAAAUAUAUGAACAGUUAUUAUUAUUUAUUAAAUUUGUAUACCACCCUUCAUCUGAAGAUCACAGGGCGGUUCACAACAGAAAAAUACAAAAAGAAAAACACAAAAUACCUAAUUUUUUAAAAAACCAGUAAACCCCCCCCCCAUAUUAUUAUUUAUUAAAUAUGAGUGAUCUGCCAAAUGGGACAGGUGGAACACAGUUCGUUUCCUCAUCCUGGUGACAUAAUGUACGGUAUAUGCAUGCUAUAUGUCAGUGGUCCCCAAACGCUUUCAGGCCACUGCCCCCUUUGUUCCAUAAGCUCAUUCCCAGUGCCUCCAACCCUACAAAAAGCAUUUUUCUGAAUAGCAGUUUGCACAACCCACAAAGGAGGAUCAUAGCACAAUAACAUUCAAAAGAGUAACAAUUAAUUAGUUACUGUUUUGCACUCAAAGUGACUUGGAUGAUAAAAAUAGAAAUAACAAAGACGUUGAAGUCAGAUGUAAAAUCAGCAAUAAACAAGGGUUAAAAUAGUCAUCUGUGAUAAGCUUGGGUUGCUGUGAUUAGGGCUGUAGGUUUUCUAGAGACCUCUUCAUUAUGGGCAAAUGUGGUCCACAGAGGCCAGGCUGUCCAUUCUCACCUCUUUCCUUGUACCCAGAUGGCUUCCGUGGGGAUCUCUACCUGACAGUCAAGCUGCUGUUGCCGGGGGUCAUAAAGAGUGUUUACAACCUGAAUGACAAGCAGAUCGUAAAGCUCUUCAGCAGGAUAUUUGGCUGCAGCCAGGAGGACAUGGUCCGAGACCUUGAACAAGUGAGGAAUGAGUUUGCUAUGUACAGUCAUACCUCGGGUUAAAUAUGCUUCAAGUUGAGCGUGUUCGAGUUGCGCUCCUCGGCAGCCCGGAAGUAACGGAGUGCGUUACUUCCGGGUUUCGCCGCUUGCGCAGACGCUCAAAAUGACGUCAUGCGCAGAAGCGGCGAAAAGUGGCAUGCGCAGACGUGCCGUCGCUAGUUACGUUUACCUCUAGAUGCGAACAGGGCUCCAGAACGGAUCCCGUUUGUAUCUAGAGGUACCACUGUAAUGGUCUUGAAUCUUGGCCCUCCAGGCCUGUCCGUCAAGCCCUCAGGACACUCCCCAAGGCACACGCCCAUCAGCCAUCCUUGAGUGUUUUGGCCUGGCUGGGAUGGAUCAUUGAACUCUGAUUAUGGCUCUUGCUUGCCUGGAUGGAGGACAGAGAGAGGUGUUGGUGUAGAACCAGGAUUCAAGAUGGCCUUAACAGGUUGCAGAACUGGCCACAAACUAACAAAAUGAAUUUCAAUAUAGACAAAAGUAAGGUUCUGCACUUAAGCAGGAAUAAUCAGGUGCACACAUUUAGGAUGGGAGACACCUGGCUUGGCAGCAGUACAUGGGGAAAGGAUCCAGUGGUUUAGUAGAUCACAAACUUAAUAUGAGUCAACAGAACGAUGCAGCAGCCAAAAAAAAAGAAUGCUAAUCCAGGCUGCAUCUAGUGUCCAGAUUGAGGGAAGCAAUAGGACUAUUCUAUUCUGCCUUGGUCAGACCCCACGUGGAGUCCUGUGUCCAGUUCUGGGCACUACAUUUUAAGAAGGAUAUUGACAAGCUGGAAGGUGUCUAAAGGAGGGAGACUAAGAUGAUCAAGGGUUUGGAAACCAAGCCUUUUGAGGAAAUGUUGAGGGAGCUGGGAUGUUCAGCCUGGAGGACAGAAGUGCUGUUACAUGGAGGACGGAGCAAGCUUGUUUUCUGCUGCUCCAUGGAGGACAACCUGAAUCACUGUAUUCAGAUGACAAGGAAGGAGAUUCCAACUAAAUAUCAGGAAUAGCUUUCUGACAGUAAGAGCUGUUCUAAAAUGGAAUAGACUACCUUGGGAAGUGGUGGAUUCCUCUUCACUGGAGGGUUUUCAACAGAAGUUGGAUGACUAUCUGCCAGCGAUUCUCUAGUUGUUUUCUGCACUACAGAGGAAUGGAUUAGAUGACUAGAUUAUUUUCAGGGUCCCUUCAAAUCCUACAUUUCUAUUAUUUUGUGAAAAGACUCCCCCUCCCUAUUCUAUUAUGUGAUUUAGUGUAUGAUUCUAUUUUAAACAGGGUGAUGUGUCUGAGACAGUGCGGAUCUUCUUUGAGCAGAGCAAAUCCUGCCCCCCGGCUGCCAAGAGCCUCUUGACGAUCCAAGAGGUUGAUGACUUCCUGACACAGCUCUCUAAGCUUUCCAAAGAGGACGACCAGCAAAGCUUGCUGCAGGAUGUUGCAAACAGGUACACUAAGAGGUUUGAGAUUCCUGGCUGGGGAGAUCAAGCUAGAGGUGAGGAACUUCCCCGUGUCUCCAGUGUGUUAUUGGGGCUCCCAUAAUUCCUUACCAUCAGUUUAGCUGACAGCUGGGACUGAUGGGAGUUCUAGUCUGACAACCUCUGGAGGGUGGCAGAUUAGAGGAAGGCCACAACAGGUUCUGCUCUAAGGACAGAUUCUGAAGCGGGGGCCGCUAGGGGCGCAUUGGAAGAUGGCCGACAAUACCAUCUCUCUGUCUCACACGAGGCAAUUAAGAAGCUAAUAUGGGAGUAUGUAGCCUCCCUUGUUUCCCCAGGGAAUGGGGGAAACACUGCCUUCGCCUGCGGUUGCCAUAAAUCACCCCCAAGUUCGAAAGAAGAAGGGGUUGAGGGCACUAGGCGCACAGCACUCGUGUGGGAUGGCUCUCCUGACGCCAUCUCUGAUCGUGCAACCUAUGCAGGAGCUCAAAAUAACAAUUAGAGAGAGCAGCAAAUGCACAUGUUUCGAGUGAAGAACGGGAGUUUAGACUGCUAAUUGAAGUGACCUCUGUGAAGUUGAGCGACGGGCUGGAUUCAACAGGAAAAUAUAUCAAGAAGAAGAUACAUCAAAGGGUCGGUAUGUCGGAACGGGACAGAAAGGGGGGGCUUUUCUUUUUUCCCCUCUAUGUGAUUACCUAACAAUCCCUCCCCAAGAAGAACCGUUGCAUGAUUGACUAUAAGCGAGAUGAUUAAGAAACUGUGUGGAAAUGAAUUACUAACCAAAGGCUUGGCUUAUGGAGAUCUGGAAAGGAAAAAGGCUUUUAGAUUGACGCAGUUAUAAAAAGAGAGUCGCCAUGUUGGCAGGCUUUGUUGUAGGAUUGACGAUCAAGAGGGGGAGGAGGCCUUGGCUUUGUUAUUAUAUCGAACUCUUGGCAGAACCCCCUGAGAAGAUCGAGAAGGGAGUGACAGGCCUGCGAACAUUAAUGAGCAGACGUUAAGAUUGUUUUUAUGGAAGUGAUGAAAUGCGUCUGCUGUCUGAAUAUGACUCUUGGAUGAAUGGAAAAAUCCACACAGGAUUAUAAAAAUGCUUGUUUUCAACUCGCUUGUGGAGACUAUCAGAGGUCACAAAGUAAAGAAAGGAAAAAUAUACGAAAACAACAAGAAGAGAUGAGGAAAACAACAAAGAAGGAAUGGAUAGAAUUGUGAACAUUAUUUGGACAGAAUUGUGAACAUCAAAGCAGCAGCAAUAAGAUGACCGGAUCCCUUUCGGAGCUCGAAACAUGGGUACCCCCAACAAAAAUUUAAAAUUUGGCUCUGUAAUUUGGAAUUAAUGUGAUUUGAUUGGUUUGUUAAUAAAAAUUAUUAUUAUUAUUAUUUAAAAAGGACAGAUUCUGAAGUGGCAGCACAAGCUGCCAGCUUGCUUUUGCAGAAGCAGGGAUCUGUUUACAUGUCUGAAUGGAAGACUGUUUUGGUGCUUUUGUAAUCCUGCUUGUGCAGUGAUAGCAACCAAAACAAUCAAGGGGAUGGAGCAAAUCCCCUAUGGGGAAAGAUUGCAGUAUUUGGGACUUUUUGCUUUAGAGAAACGGUAAGAGAAGGAAGUUUGUGAAACUAUGCAUGGCAUGGAGAAAGUGGACAGAGGAAAGUUUUUCUCCCUGUCGCAUAACAUUAGAAUUUGUGGUCAUCCAAUGAAGCUGAGUGUUGGGAGAUUCAGGAAAGAUAAAAGAAAGUCCUUCUUCACUCAGCACAUAGUUAAACUAUGGAAUCCUCCCCCACAGGAGGCAGUGAUGGCCACUGACCUGGAUGGCUUUAAAAGAGAAGUAGAGAAAUUCAUGGAGGAGAGAGAGCUAUUGAUGGCUACUAGCUGCGAUGGCUAUGCUCUGCCUGGAAACCACAGGAAGGGGAAAGUGCUGCUGUGCUUGGCUCCUGCUUGCAUGCUUCUCUUUGUUGUUGUUUUUUGUUUUUGUUUUUUAUAAAUGAUUUUUAUUAAGAUUUCAAUAAAAAGUUAAACAAAAAAAGCAUGGAAAAUACACAAAUACACAAUACAUAAUCCAAAAAAAGAAGAAACACAAAGAGCAGAAAACAAAAAAAAAAAGAAGCAGAACAAUUAAAAAUAAUAUCACCUUUUCAUUUCUGUUUUUAAAUUUAUUUAUUUUCUGGACUUCCUCAUACCUCCCUCUUUUGUAUUCCAGUCCAAAUUGUUUGUCCAGCAAUUACUUUUCCACUUUUUUAAUCCCAAUCUUUAAUCUUAAUAUAAUAUAGCAUUAAAAUUUUACCUCUUAAAUACCAAAUUUCCAUUUCAUUAAAUUUCUUUAAUCCUAAUCUUUAAUCUUAGUCUAUCUAUAACUUUAUCCUGUACAGCUGGAAACCACUUAUUUUCAAUUCAACAUCACUCUAGCAUUCUUUAAUUUUGCAGUGUUUCUGUAGAUAAUCUUUGAAUUUCUUCCAAUCUUCCUCCACCGACUCUUCUCCCUGGUCACGGAUUCUGCCAGUCAUUUCCGCCAGUUCCAUAUAGUCCAUCAGUUUCAUCUGCCAUUCCUCCAGCGUGGGAAGUUCUUGUGUCUUCCAAUACUUUGCGAUGAGUCUUGCAUGCUUCUCUUUGGGGCAUCUGGCUGACUACUGGGAGAGCAGGUUGCUGGGCUAGAUGGGCCACUGGACUGAUCCAACAAGGAAAAAAAAAAUCACUGGGGAGAAAUAAUCUGCAUAGAAGUGGGAGGGGGGCUCAGCGUUCUCCCUGCUGCCCCUUCCUUUACAGGCUGACUUGGUAGGCUGCUGUUGCAUCUGUUUUGAUCUUCAGCACUGCAAGCUGCAUGGUCCUUAUGAUUAAGUUUUUAAAAUAAAUAAAUGCACAGUUUGCAGCUGAUAAAAUCUCCAAUGAUUAAUUGUUAUGCUUCAUGAUGUUGUUUUAUGAUUGUUUUUAAUUGUUCUUUUAAUUUUCAGGUGCACGGCCAAUGACCUGAAGUGCAUCAUCCGGUUGAUAAAGCAUGACUUGAAAAUGAAUGCUGGAGCCAAACAUGUGUAAGCUCUCUCUGUGUGUAUGUCGUUUCCAGAAAUAAUGCAGAAGUCUAAAAAUGGGAUGUGAUGGAGACAUAGAAGAAGACCACUUGGGCUCUUUUUGAAAUGGAGCUGCUCUCCCAACUCUCAACAGCCCCAAGGACCAAGCUUUUAGUGUGGCAUAGCAGUUAGACUGCUGGACUAGGACCUGGGAGACCAGGAUUCAAAUCUCACUCAGCCAUGAAGUUCACUGUCUCCCAACCUAACCUACCUCACAGGGCUGAUGUGAGGAUUGAAAGAGUAGGUUUGGGGGACCAUGUAUACCACCCUGAGCCACUUGGAGAAAAAGAUGGGAUAUAACUGCAUUAAAUACAAAUAUAUAUAGCGUCAUCAGCCCAGUAUUGUGCGGUGCUCCGCCAAUGGGGAUUCAGCAAACGCCUUCUGCGCCAGCUUUUGGAACGCCUGCUGAAAAUGUUUCUAUUCUGCCAGGCCUAUGCAGCCAAUUAAGAAAAGAUCCUUCUGUGAUGGUUAAUGAUGUAACAAAUAUGGUUUUAUUGCUGUAAACCACUUUGACUUUCUUUUAUGAUUCAGUGGUACACAAUUUUUAAAUAAAUACAGUCGUACCUUGGAAGUUGAUUAGCUGCAGGAAGCUCCUGCAGCUAAUCGGAAGCCGCAAAAGCCCCAUCGGACGUUCGGGUUCCAAAGAAUGUUCGCAAACCAGAACACUCACUUCCAGGUUUGCGGCGUUCGGGAACGAAAACAUCCAAGUACCAAAGUGUUUGGAAUCCAAGGUAUGACUGUAUGUAGAAAUUUAUUACUAUUACUGUUAAUUAUAGUUAUUGAUCACUUCUUUGCCAAGGUAAUUCAAAGCAACUUGCAGUAUAUAAACAAACACAUAUGUUGACUCUGGCAACAAUGUACAUUCGUACCUUGGUUCUUGAAUGCCUUGUGACUCGAACAUUUUUGAACGUCCGAUGCGGCUUCUGCAGCUUCCGAUUGAGCCCAGGAAGCUCCUGCAGCCAAUCAGAAGCCGUGCCUUGGUUUUUAAAUGUUUUCGGAAGUCAAACGGAUUCCGUUUGAGAACCAAGGUACGACUGUAUCUAAAAGGCAAUCCUAUUUUUGAAAAAGCAGGAUUAAAACAUACCACCCACUCAAAAAGGCCAGAGAUAAUGAAGAGAGAAAGGCCUGAUUGAAAAAGAGAUUUUUUUUGCCUGGCACCUAAAGCUAUGCAACGAUGACACCAGGCAGGCCUCCCUGGUGAGAGAAUUCCACAAACAGCGAGGUGAUAAAUAAUGCACUGACCUUUAAAAAUUCAGGCCUCAGUUUUCCCUCAGCUAUUCUGUGGUCUUAUUCCUCACACAGCACUCUUCAGCUCCUUUCUCCCCUCUUCUAUCUCAAUUGACAAGAAUACAAUUGCUGGUUCAGGCUAACAGUCCACCCUCAAGCACAUCCCAAGCACAAGAGCCCUCUCUCAUCCUGUGACUUCCAGCAACUCAUUGCUGCCUCCAGUAGUAAAGGCAGAGCAGAACCAUUGUGGCUGGUAGCCAUCGAUAGCCCCUCUCCUCUAUGACUUCAUCUAAUUUUAUAGGAAAAUAAUAUAUGAGACUGUUACCUCCCACAAUCUUUCUCCCUGCCUCCUUCUUUCCUUUCAGGUUGGAUGCCUUGGAUCCAAAUGCUUACGAGGCUUUCAAAGCCUCGCGCAACCUCCACGACGUAGUCGAAAGGGUGCUGAGGAACCAGCAGGAGUCCCAGAAGGUGCCAGGCCUAAAGAAAACUCUCAGUGUCCAGGCCACACUGAUGACCCCCGUUCAACCGAUGCUGGUAAAAAGAAACAGCCCCAAACCCUGUGAUCUGGUGGUCUCCUCAUCCAGCCCAUGGAGCUCCCUUUAGAGGCCCUCCUGUCCCCAUCUCUGUCAACUGUUUGGCUUUUAAUGAAGGCUAAAGCAAGGAAGAAUCUAGUGGCACUUUUUGUGGGAUGAGCUUGUGUGGACCACAGUCCAUUCUGCAAUGUAAGAGCCUGGCUGCUGCCAAAGGGCAGUCCAUCCAGCCUCGCAUUCUGUUCUCUCUGUGCCCAACUGGAUGCCAGAAGAUGGAGAAGAGUAGGACAGGUGUAUAAAUCAUUCCAGAGCUGCUUCCAAGGAGGGAGAGCUCUUGUGAUCUGCAGGCGGAUCUUCUAAAGUGCUGAGAAUCCCUUUUUCAGAGGGAGAGCAGCUAUCCCCAACCUGUGCUUUCUGGAUGUCUCCAACUACAGUUCACAUCAGUCACUAGGGCUGGCCAACGUAUCAGUAUAUCUUCCAAAACCAGUUUGAAGUCCAUAUUGUGAGAUCAGUUUCAUAAUUUUUGACCUGGCAACAGAAUGUGAAUAAUCACCCACACACUAUGCAAAAAUCACAAUGUGGGGAAGAACGUGAAGCCAGCGAAUGCCUCUACAUAGCUUCACCUUAUUUCAGAUAUUGUGAUAUAUUGGUAUAUUACGAUGUUGGAAACCAGAUAUCGUGCAGUCCUUUCAGCCAUGCUGGCUGGGCUGAUUGGAGUUGUAGUAUGAGACCUCCAGAGGACACCAGGUUGUUGCAGAAGGUCCCAGGAUCAUACCUAAACACCUCGGGGAGAGAUUGGAGAAGAUCUUGGCCUGAGCAGCUGGAGGAUUGCUGUUGGAUUUUGGGAUAGACGAUACUGUUUUACAUGGGGUGUUGGUCUGCAUAGUAGAAGACAACUUGUGCCUAGCUUGUACAAGAAGAAGGGGCAUAGAUCAGGACUAGAGAAUCUGCCUUGUAGGCAGAAGGUCUCAGGUUCAACUCCCAGUAGGGUUGGGAGAGACUCCUACCUGAAAUCCUGGAGAGCUGCUGCCAGUCAGUGUAGACAGUACAGAGAUAGGUGGACCCAUGUUCUGGCACAAUACAAAGCAGCUUCCUGUGUUGUAGAUCUGCCUGCAAUUAAAAGUCCUAAGGUGGGAUUUUCCUUCUUCUUUCUCCAACAAGGCUGAGGCCUGUAAGUCCAUCGAGUAUGCCAUGAAGAAGUGCCCCAACGGGAUGUACUCGGAGAUCAAGUACGACGGGGAACGCGUCCAGGUGCACAAGAAAGGCGACCACUUCAGCUACUUCAGUCGCAGCUUGAAACCUGUCCUUCCACACAAGGUCAGUGGAACCUUCUGUUACUUUAUUAUGAUUGCAUUUCUAUCCCACAUUUUUCUACAAGGAGCUCAAGGUGGUUUACAUGGUCCCUUCCCCCAUUUCCUCCUCACAACAACCCUGUGAGGUAGGUUAGGCUGAAAACCAGUGUCUGGCCCAAAAUCACUCAAUGUGUGUGGGGGGGGAUUGAACCUUGAUCUCCCAGGUCCUAGUCUGACACUAACUAUUGUGCCACACUCUCUUUACACCACUCCAGUGUUUGGAGUAAGCAGCAGCAGAAGGUUAACUUAGUGUAAUGAAUACUUGCUUGGAGGAUACCUUUCAUUGGAAGGUAUUCAGACUGAGAGUAUAGGAAAGAGUGCUGCAGUGCUGACUAACUAAUGUGUUGGAGAAGCCAACAAGCCAGGCUUGCCCCUUUGUUCUCAGGAGAUGCAUCCGAGAUGACCUCUCACCUUCAGGCAGCAGAACAGGUUGCAACCUAAGACAUACCUUUCUAAACUUCAAAGGAUAGAGAUAGGUCGGCACAGAGUUUAAAGGUGCGGGAAUAGUUUGGGAAUCUGGAGGUCCCUUACUCUGUCUGUUUAAACCCCUUUCUGCAAUGUGAGUUGUGCCCAAACUUCCAACACUCUUUGGGUCGCUUCCUGUAGAAACAAGUGGCUGGCUGCUUACCAAUAUCACCCACCUGGCAUGUUCCGCUAGUAUUGGGGAACUAGGAGCCCCUGUUUUCUCAGGUUCUGCUGCCUGAAGUGAUCAUCUGACUCCCCCUAACAGGAGGAACGACCCUGGCAAGGAACUCUGAUCUCGUGAUGUGCUUAUGUUUAAACCAGGUGGCCCAUUUCAAGGACUUCAUCCCCAAGGCUUUCCCAGGGGGACACAGCAUGAUCCUGGAUGCAGAAGUUCUUCUAAUAGACAACAAGACAGCCAAGCCCCUUCCCUUUGGAACACUUGGAGUGCACAAGGUGCGUGGUUAUAAUCUCUCCUUGCCCAGAAAUGGACGAAAUGACCCAACUCAUUGCAAAGCAGGUUGAUUUUAUUAAAACACAGCAAGUAACAGCAGAUGGAAUCUGUAGUUGAAAACAUCUAGGGGGCACCAGUUUGGGGGAUGCUAAGCUUAGGUUGUGGGGCAGACAGUGGCAAGACACGCUGGUGGGUUAUAGCAUUGGGUAUCAUAUGUAGAAAGACCAGAAUUUUCCUUCUCCCCGUUCUCAUGCAGCUCAUGGGAUCGACCACUGAAACUGACAGCUCAGAGAUUCAGGAAAGAUGGGGAGAACUUCAGAAAGGCAGAAUUUAGGGACAUCUCGCCUGCAGAGAGGUCAAGAUUUACUUCAACUAUGGUUCAUUAAACCUUGGUUUAAUGUUACGUGCAAAUUCUGUCCAGUAUUUUAACUGUGGUUUGUUUACUGCCAGAAAACCACAAUUUGAAGCUGUGUUUUUUACUGGCAUCUCAAUUUAACAUGCAAAUCCAGCCUGCUUCCUUAACUGUGGGUUUUCUGACCACCUCAUCCCCAGACACUCAUCAAGCACUUUGCCAGCAAAGUUUGAAGCAGUGAGCCAUGGUUGGUUUGAUCAUCUGUGGAACAGCUCACUGGGUUGAACAGAGGCACUGUCUUUGGUCUGACAGAGUUCAGUUUCCUAGACGAAACUGAUUCCUGCAUUGCACAGAGUUGGGCUAGAUGACCCUUUGGGUGCCUUCCAACUCUUUGAUUCUGUGAAGUUCCGAGAGGGGGGCAGGGAGCAGCCAUGGGAGGAUCUGAAGCCCUGUCUGUGAGCUGCACAAAGUGGACUCCAACUCCCAUCAGCCCCAGCCAGCAUGACUAAUGGUCAGGGAUAAGGGGACCUGCAGUCCAGCAAGGCACAGGGAGAGAGGCUGUGGCCAGUCACAGUGGAGAAAGGCGGGCCGAGGAGGAGAGGCAGCAAGGAGACCCAGGGAAGACUGUGGGCCUUGCCAAAUGGAAGAGCUGCUGCCUAGCUCUACAGGAUUUUUUUCUCCAACCCCAAAUACAAUCUGUGUUCUAACACAUCACUGUCUCUCUGCAGAAAGCAGCUUUCCAGGACGCCAACGUCUGCCUCUUUGUGUUUGACUGUAUCUACUUCAACGACGUCAGUCUGAUGGACAGGUGGGUCUCAUUCUCUCAGUAUAACUCAAGACCAUAUCUGUUCCUUUUUAUCCCCUUUGAUCUCCAGAACUGGCCCUGCUACAGCUGCCAUAUAAUACUCAUUAUGCACUUGUAAGAAAUUGGACUUUUUAGUGCGGCGGCAUCAGCCACACUUUGGAACUCCCUGCCUAUUGACAUCAGGGAGGCACCUUUACUGUCCUCUUUUUCACACCUGUGAAAAACACUUUUGAUUAGGCAAGCCUACCCAGAUAUGUAGAAUGUUGAUCUGUGUUCUAAUCUGGUUUUUAGCAUAUCUUUGGUUUUCAUUAUUUUUUGAAUGUUUAAAUAGUUGUUUUUUUACUGUUGUUAUUGGCUAUUGCACUGUUUUAUUCUUUUAAUGUCUACAUUUCAUGAAAUAAAUAAAAAUUAAAUAAAGUUAGGCCCAUUUCGUCCUGAAACCUGUUUUUCUCAUCAUCGUUCUCCAUCUCUGCCCUGUUUUCUCCAGGCCGCUCCGUGAGCGCCGCAAGUUUCUCUACGAUAACAUGGUGGAAAUCCCCAACCGAAUCCUCUUCUCGGAGAUGAAGCACGUCACGGUGGGUGCCAUUCCAGACUGUGAGCUGGAAACGCUUGGAAAUGUCCCCGCGGGGAAUAUUGAAGACUCUCAAAUUGCCACCAACAAAAAUGAGCUCAGUAUUCUGAGGAGCCUACCAGCAUUAGCCUAAUAAUGUCCACAGUGUUCUGGAAUCCAGACAGUUCUUUUCUGUUUUGUCCAUAUUUGACUGAAGUAGAAAAUCAACACAACCUAGGUAGGAUGGGGACAGAGUGACUUCCUUACAUUCCAUUCUUGAUGGAAAGAGUUUUACAGUUCUGCAUUUUGUUCCUUCUGAUUAUUAUUGUUGUUGUUGUUGUUGUUCCUGCAAGAAACUAACACAGCCAAUCACUCCCCCUCUGGUAAUCCUUUUUAACUUGGCUAUUUCUCUUUCAGAAAGCUUCGGACCUUGCUGAUAUGAUCAACCGGGUCAUCCGUGAGGGGCUGGAGGGUUUGGUGCUGAAAGAUGUGAAGGCAUGUAUCCUUGUGUUUUUGAUGCACACACCAGACAAUUUAUUUUACUUGGUUCAUCAGCUUGAUUUCUUUUUAAAAAAUUAAUAAGUGGUUUACAUAAAAUGGUACAAAAUAUUCAUUAAAAUUGGCAAUAAAACCCGUAAACAUAAUAAAAUGAUCAUAGAUAAAAGAAACAAACAUAAAAUUACCUGUCGAGAUAGGCUUGGCUAAGCAAAAAGGUUUUAAUAGGCAUCAAACUGCACAAUGUAAGUGCCUGCCUAAUAUCAAGAGGCAGGAAGUUCCAGAGACUAGGGGCAUCACACUAAACUAUCAGUUUCUCUCGAGUGUGCAACAGACAUUAUGCUGCACUUGUAAAAGUGACAGCUCCACAGAUUGAAGCAGUCAAACGGGGCACAUUUUGAUUACUUUUUAGACAGGAAAGUGAGGUGCUAAUGUUGGUUAAACUGAAGAUCUCCAUCUAGAAAUCGUCUCUCUCUUCCCUCUGCCUCUUCCAACUUCACAGCUAUCUGCUGGCAUUGUUCUAGAGCUUCAAUGCCUAUUUUUGCAAGCAUAAGGACUAGGAGGUUGCUUUUUGUUUUUAAACAUGCCCUGGAUGUGAUACGCUUUAGAGAGCUCUGGCCAACCGCCUCUUCUUUCUUGCUUUGGCCUGUGCAGAGCCUCUAUGAGCCAGGAAAACGCCACUGGCUCAAGGUGAAGAAGGACUACCUGAACGAGGGGGCAAUGGCUGACACGGCAGACCUGGUGGUCUUGGGUGCCUUCUACGGCCAAGGGAGCAAAGGUGGGUGUCUUAGAAACCAGCCUCAGAGGACCACUUGAGAAGCCUGGGAAAUUUCCUCCCCCCACCCCCACCCCAUCACUGCAACCAAUCUAGUUGGUGGCGAUCCAUGGGACAUAAAGUCUGCUUUUCCAGUUGAGCUGCUCUAAAGCAGGGACCGCGUUUCCCUCCCUCUCUCUGCCGCAGGGGGGAUGAUGUCCAUCUUCCUCAUGGGCUGCUACGAUCCCGACAGCCAGAAGUGGUGCACGGUGACCAAAUGCGCCGGCGGCCAUGAUGACGCCACGCUGGCCCGGCUGCAAAAGGAGCUGGACAUGGUGAAGAUCAGCAAGGUUUGCAGCCCGGAGAUGUCACAGCCCUCGAGUGUCGGUUGCGGGGAUUCUCAAAGAGCUUCUGCCAAGUCGGCAUACAUAAAAACAGGUCCAAUGGCCCAUCUAGGCCAGCAUCCUGUUCUCACAGUGGCCAACCAGGUGUCUCAGCAGGAAACCCACAAGCCAGGACCUGAGCACAAGAGUGCUCUCCCCUUCCUGCAGUUUUACAGCAACUGGCCUUCAGAAGCAUCACUGCCUCUGACCAUGGAGGCAGAGCAUAGCCGUCAUGACCAGUAGUAGCCAUCAAUAGCCGUCUCCUCCACAAAUUUGUCCAAUCGUCUGUUAAAGCCAUCCAUCUGGUGGCCCUCAUUGCUUCUUGCAGGAACUAUGCACUGCAUGAAUAAGUCCUUUCUUUUACCCCUUCUGAAUUUUCCAACAUUCAGCUUCAUUGGAUGCCCACAAGUUCUAGUGUUUCUCCAUGCCCUGCAUAAUGUUUUUAACUUCUCUCAUGUCACGUCUUGCUUGCCUUUUCUCUAAGCUCAGAAGUCCCAGACACUGCUGUUUUUCCUCAGAGGGGUGUCACUCCAUCCCCUUGAUCAUUUUGACAACUCUGAACUAGAUGGAUUAAUGACAUGACUUAGCCUAUGGCUGCUUCCAACGGUCCUUUCAGCGCUGUUGCACUCCAGUCUUGUUUUGUGGGCUUCCCAGAACAGUUAUCUGUGAUUGGCUACUGUGAGAAGAGCAUGCUGGGCAUGCUGGACCUCCAUGGGCCAGGCUCUUCUUCAAAGAUCUUCCAAGGUGUGCAGCUGGUAGACUCAAGGAAUGGGAUUAUUUUGAAGGUGACUUCCUGUGUCUUUUUCUCUCCUUCCUAGGAUCCCAGUAAGAUUCCAAGCUGGCUGAAAAUAAAUAAGAAUUAUUACCCAGACUUCAUUGUUCCAGAUCCAAAGGUAAAACAGCCUGAGAGGGAGGGGCAGGAGCUGCAGGGGGAGAGGAAUAGGAUUGUCCCUGUGCAAAAGUAACAAUGGGCUCUGAUUUUCAAUGUGGACCUUUUUUUAGAGGUUGUGGGCAGGGGGCGUUCUGUAAAUGAAUUGUUAGUGUCUGGUGUGGCUAGAUAGGUGAAGCUAAGCAGAUAUGAACCCAGUUACCGUAUUUUUUGCUCUAUAAGACUCACUUUUUCCCUGCUAAAAAGUAAGGGGAAAUGUGUGUGUGUCUUAUGGAGUGAAUGCAGGCUGCGCAGCUAUCGCUGAAGCCAGAACAGCAAGAGGGAUUGCUGCUUUCACUGCACAGCGAUCCCUCUUGCUGUUCUGGCUUCUGAGAUUCAGAAUAUUUUUUUUCUUGUUUUCCUCCUCCAAAAACUAGGUGCGUCUUAUAGUGUGAAAAAUACAGUAGAUCCUUGGUCGAGAAACCACUGUUCUAUAUGAGAGCUUUGUGUGUUUGGGGGGGGGGGGGUAGUUCAGUUUUUAAAAAUCCACAUACAGUCUUACAUUGGUUCUCAAACAGAAUGCAUUCCGGGAGUCCGUUUGACUCCCAGAACUGUUCGAAAACCAAGGUGUAGCUUCCAAUUGGCUGCAGGAGCGUCCUGCAGCCAAUCAGAAGCCACGCCGGAUGUUCGGCUUCCGAAAAUCGUUGAAAACCUGGAACACUCACUUCCGGGUUUCGAUCAUUUGGGAGCCGAUUUGUUCAGGAGCCAAGGCGUCUGAGAUCCAAGGUAGACUGUAUACAAAAAAUUACACAUUCCUAAACCCUUGGAUCUGCCCCAUGGCUAGUGGGUAGGGGAGAGCAAGAGAAUCCCCUGUACUUCCGGUGCCUAUGUGCCAAGUGGGCCUUGUCCAGCAAUCAAAGUGGAGAACUUAAAAGCUCUUUUUGUAACAGAUAACCCCAAGCAGACCCGGCUCAAAAAGAGGUCUGCCUUGCUUGGAUUUAACUUGCACAAUUUGAACCAUCCUGUCUUCAGCCAAGUAUGGUUGAACUCACAUGAAUUAAAUGAGCACAGGAUGCCAUCAGCUUGUAUUUGUGUUGUGUGUUAAAAGUCCCUUUUAAUCAUAUCUGUUCAUUUGGCGCCCUACCUCUUCACUGGAUCAAAGACCCAAAGUGGGUUUUCCUAUGAACUCAGAGCACACACCAUGUUGCCUCAACCACUUCUCUCAGAUCUCCUGACCAUGUUGAAAAAAGAAUCUCGUUCAAGUAUAUUGGGAGCAGAUGAAUGUUUCUCAGACUUCUUGAAAACAAGGAAGAGGGAGCAUAAUCCAGGCUGUGUAUAUGUGUGUGAUUAAUACACUACAAUUCUGCACCCAGUACUCCCAAGACUGCCUCUCUGGCCAUGGGGGCUAGUAGUUUCCUUUAGAAUUUUCAGAACCCAAGCUGAGAUUCUUGGGGUGCUGAAUUCUGUUCCAGUCUUGUCCAGAACUCGCACAGAAUUCUGGCUGUUCUCCAGCAGAGUUCUCCCUCACAAACUGCUAUCCUUUAAUGGUGAACUGCAUUGAGCAGCAGAGAGAGGAUUGGCCAAGUAAGGUUGGGUCAGCUCAUUCUGCGGUUGUUGCCCUCUGCCUUAGGAAGCACCAGUCUGGGAGAUCACGGGGGCUGAGUUCUCCAAAGCAGAGGCCCACACCGCUGAUGGGAUCUCCAUCCGCUUUCCACGCUGCACGCGGAUCCGAGACGACAAAGACUGGGCCACGGCCACCUCCCUACCGCAACUCCGGGUGAGUCACCCACUUCUGCUGCUCAUCUGCCCUUCCUUUAGAACCAGGAGUGGAACUUCACUUGAUUCUUAGGGGAAGCAGCUGUAGCUCAGUGGUGGAGCAUCUGUUCUGCAUGCAGAAGAUCCCAGGUUCAGUCCCCAAUGACGUCACCAGGUUAGAUUGGGAAGGUUUCUCCUGCCUGGAAUCUAGGAAAGCCGCUGCCGGUCAGUGUGGACAGUACUGAGCUAGGUGAACCUGUGGUCUGACUCAGUAUGAGGCAGCUUCCUCUGAUUCAUAGAAUCAUAGAAUUGUAGAGUUGGAAGGGACCUCAAGGGUAAUCUAGUCUAACCCCCAACCCUAUAGUCAGAACCAAGAGGUCUAGAAUCAUGCUUAGGUGUGGCUGGCAAAUCCUGAAGGGUAUGUCUGAAAUCCUGGAGAGCCGCUGUCAGUCUAGGCAGUUCUGAGUGAGAUGGACCAAGGGUCUGGCUCAGCUUUAUUUGUACAGUGGUGCCCCGCAGACGAAAAGAAUCCGUUCCGCGAGUCUCUUCGUCUUGCGGAUUUUUUCGUCUUGCAAAGCAAGCCCAUUAGAGGUUUAGCGCUUAGCGCUACAGUAUUAGCUGAUAAGCGGCUUAGUAUCAGCUGUUAAGCGGCUUAAAGAUCAGCUGAUAAGCGGCUUAGCAUCAGCUGUUAAGCGGCUAACAGAUCAGCUGUUAAGCGGCUUAGCCAUCAGCUGAUAAGCGGUUUAGCAGCUUGGGAAAAAGGGGGGGGAGGGAAAAAACCCUGCAGGAACUCGCAAGACAUUUUCGUCUUGCGAAGCAAGCACAUAGGAAAUUCGUUUUGCGAAGCACCUCCAAAACGGAAAACCCUUUCGUCUAGCGGGUUUUCCGUCUUGCGAGGCAUUCGUCUUGCGGGGCACCACUGUACAUGUGUGUUUGUAAAUAGAUAGAUAGAUCUUUUAAAAUUAUAAUCUCUUGUUUCAAGGGAAAGGGCUGCAGCUCAUUGGUGGAGUGUCUGUUCUGCAUGCAGGAUAUCCGAGGUUCAGUCCCCAACGGUAUCCCCAGGUUGGGUUGGCAAGGCUUUUCCUGGCUGAAACCCAGGGGAGCUGCUGCCAGUCGGUGUAGACAAUACUGAGCUAGAUGGACUGGAGGCACCUUCCUUUGUUCCUUGGCUGAGGGUUUCUUUCCUGUUUUCUAAUGGCAAAUCCCUAUACUCUGGCGGGCGGCAGGAGCUAUACCAGUUGUCCAAGGAGAAGUCUGACUUCACUGUGGUCGCCAUGGAGGAGGAGAACUCCACAGCUGGCAGCAGCGGAGAGACAGAAGGGCAGUCGAGGUCUUCCACUCCCCGCAAGGCUCCGAAGCAGCCCUCCAGCAAGUCCCCAGCAAAAGCUAAGAAGCCUGAAGGUGUGGGGGCUGGGAUGUUUGUUGCUGUGGGAGGGGGGCUGGGGAGGGCUGUUGAAAGUUCCCUUGGGCAUCAAACCCUGCCCCAAAUACAGACACACCCAGCUGGGUUCUUGCUUUCUCUUUUGACAACACAUGGUGAGAGGUGCAUCUGUAGAAGCAGGGCCUUUAUGGUCAUGGCCCCAGGGCAGCCCAAAGCCACAGUUCUUAACUCUAUUUUUAAGGGACUGCAAGGUGCACCUUUUUUUCUUAUGGGGAUUGGGGUCAGAGAUGGAGGGAAGCUUCUGGCCCUCCAGAUGUUGCUGGACUAUAACUCCCAAGGACUAUAAGUCCCAGCAUCCGCCUUGGCCAUUGGCAGGUGCUGAUGGGAGUUGGACAUCUAGCAAACCACAGGUUCCUCCAUCCCUGCAGAGGGCAUUGUGCACUGAUCAGUCUCUCAGUUCAUCAGUGAUGCUGUUCCAUUUUUGUAAUUCAUGCUUUAGGUUUCUCCGUGUCACUAAUUAUAAUAGUUACUUAUUUUUUGUUCUGGAAGCUGCUCUGAGCUUUGGACAAGCAGCAUAAAAUUGCUUCUGGAUAACAUCUCAUGGAGGGGCAACACCCAAAGCUUGUUCGGUGCCAAUCUCUGCCACAUGCUUUCCAGAACACUCUCAGGGCCACCCUAAAGCCCAUCCAAACCCUAGUGUAAAGACAGGCUGUUGCAAUCAAGUUGCCUGUCAGUAGCCAGGAAUAGGGUGAUGAUCAGUCACUGUAAGAAGGGGAGAGACUGUAUUUCAGUUGGUGGAGCACUCGCUUGGCACCCAGAAGGUCCCAGAUUCAGUCCCCAAGUGGGAGACACUCCUGCAUGAAAUGCUGGAGAGCUGCUGCCAGUCAGUGUAGACAGUACUGAGCUAAAUGGACCAAUAAUCUCACUGGACUAGAUUGGCCUAUUCUAGCAGGCUGUUCUUCUGUGGCUUUAACUGAUGCAGAUAAUUGUUUUAAGUGAUCAGUUUCCCACUCCACAGUUUAUGGGGUAAGGUGGGCUAGAAGACCAGUGCACACCGCCACAAUAUGCCCACCUUUGACCCUUCUACACUGCCCUCUCCCUUCUGGCAAGGCACCCUAACUCACUGAUGUAAAUGUUUUGUUGUCUUUUUUCUUUUUAGCCAGCAAACCUGUAGAAAAGUCCCCGCUGAAGAAGGCCACGGAGAAGCGAGGAGAGAAGAGGAAAGCCUCUGAGCUGGAAGGAGAGAAGGGGAAGGUAAGAGGACCUGACCUCCUCAUCCCUCUUGUGGGAUAUGGAUAUCAGUGGCUACUAGCCAGGAUGGCUAUAAUCUGCCUGCACUGUUGGAGACAGCUUGCCUCUGAAUAGCAGCUCCUGGGGGGAGUGUACUCACCCCCUGCUUGCGGACUUCCCAGAGGUAGGUGGCUAACAGGUGUGAAAAGGCGUUCCUUUGGCCUAAUCGAGCUGUGCUCUUCUUACUUUCUUGUAAGUGAAGGAAGCAUUCUGAAUAACAAUCUGCAUACUUUGGAAAGAGAAAAUGUUUCAUAGAAUUGUAGGAAGAGACCCAAAGGGUCAUCUAGUCCAACCCCUUGCGAUGCAUUUAAUUCCAAAGGAAGCCUUCCAGUGAUGGAAAUGCUUUGUCGGGGGCUUUUCAGGCAUUGCCAAUGAGUGCCUGCAAAGCCCCUUUUGUCCAAGCACUUCCCCAUCUUCGGUGAUGUCAGAUAGGCGUGGCUCAGUUGAAGCAACCUCGUGGGCCAAGUGGAGAAGUCCUGUGGGCCGCCAGUUCCCAACCCACCAUAUAGCAAGCUGAGUCCCUCCUCACUCACCAACCAGUUGUGUUUCUUCCCAUUUCUCUAUCCGCAGAUGCUGCUGGAUAUCUUCACUGGGGUGAAGCUGUACCUGCCUCCUUCCGUGGAAGGCUUCAGCAAAAUUAGGCGGUAUUUUGUCGCCUACGACGGAGACCUAGUCCGCGAAUUCGACACCUCCUCAGCGACACACGUUAUGGGGGACGUGGAAGAGAAUCCAUCUGCCAAGCACAUCUCCCCGGACUGGAUCUGGGAGUGCAUACGGAAAAGGAGGCUGGUAGCCCCUUGCUAA